ACCCGUGAGCGCACGAGGCGCCCCCACGAGGGGGCGGGACCCAUCUCCGUCCAGCCCGCAGCGCCGCGCACGCCUCGGGCACCUGCAGCCCAGCGGCUACCUGCAGUCACAGCGCGUCCCUCCGCCAGCCCGGUUGCCAGCUCUUUCUUGCUCGGCUCCUCGCCGCCCGCCCGCCGCCGCGCUGCACGCCUCGAGCGCUCCCUCGGCCCCGCUGGGGUCCGGGGACCCCGCCGCCGCCGCCGCCGCCGCCAUGCUGCCGGUACUCUACACCGGCCUGGCGGGGCUGCUGCUGCUGCCUCUGCUGCUCACCUGCUGCUGCCCCUACCUCAUCCAGGACUUGCGGUACUUCCUGCGGGUAGCCAACAUGGCCCGGCAGGUGCGCAGCUACCGGCGGCGGCGGCCCGUGCGCACCAUCCUGCGGGUCUUCCUGGAGCAAGCUCGCCAGACCCCGCACAAGCCCUUCCUGCUGUUCCGCGAUGAGACGCUCACCUACGCCCAAGUGGACCGGCGCAGCAACCAAGUGGCACGGGCGCUGCACGACCAACUGGGCCUGCGACAGGGGGACUGCGUGGCCCUCUUCAUGAGCAAUGAGCCGGCCUACGUGUGGAUCUGGCUGGGACUGCUCAAACUGGGCUGUCCCAUGGCGUGCCUCAACUACAACAUCCGUGCCAAGUCUCUGCUGCACUGCUUCCAGUGCUGCGGGGCGAAGGUGCUGCUGGCCUCCCCAGAACUACAAGAAGCUGUUGAGGAGGUUCUGCCAACCCUGAAAAAGGAUGGAGUGUCCGUCUUUUACGUAAGCAGAACUUCUAACACAAGCGGCGUGGACACACUACUGGACAAAGUGGAUGGAGUGUCAGCAGAAGCUACUCCGGAGUCAUGGAGGUCUGAAGUCACUUUUGCCACGCCUGCAAUAUAUAUUUAUACUUCGGGUACCACAGGUCUCCCAAAAGCUGCAACCAUCAAUCACCAUCGCAUGUGGUAUGGAACUGGCCUUGCAUUGGCGAGUGGGAUUAAGGCCCACGAUAUAGUCUACACCACUAUGCCCCUGUACCACAGUGCAGCACUCAUGAUUGGCCUCCAUGGGUGCAUCGUGACUGGGGCUACUCUUGCUCUGCGGAGCAAAUUUUCAGCCAGCCAGUUCUGGGACGACUGCAGGAAAUUCAAUGCCACUGUCAUCCAGUACAUCGGUGAACUACUUCGGUACCUGUGCAACACACCUGAGAAACCAAAUGACCGUGACCACAAAGUGAAAAUAGCGCUGGGAAAUGGCUUACGGGGAGAUGUGUGGAAAGAGUUUAUCAAGAGAUUUGGGGACAUCCGUGUUUAUGAGUUCUACGCUUCCACUGAAGGCAAUAUUGGAUUUAUGAAUUACCCAAGAAAAAUCGGUGCUGUUGGAAGAGCCAACUACCUCCAAAGAAAAGUUGUAAGGUAUGAGCUGAUUAAAUAUGAUGUGGAGAAAGAUGAACCUGUCCGUGACGCAAAUGGAUAUUGCAUCAAAGUCCCCAAAGGUGAGGUCGGACUCUUAGUUUGUAAAAUCACACAACUUACACCAUUUAAUGGCUAUGCUGGAGGAAAGUCUCAGACAGAGAAGAAAAAACUCAGAGAUGUCUUUAAGAAAGGAGACCUCUAUUUCAACAGUGGAGACCUCCUAAUGAUUGAUCAUGAUGAUUUUGUCUAUUUCCAUGACAGAGUUGGAGAUACAUUCCGGUGGAAGGGAGAGAACGUAGCUACCACUGAAGUCGCCGACAUAGUAGGACUGGUUGACUUUGUUCAGGAAGUGAAUGUUUAUGGAGUACCUGUGCCAGGUCACGAGGGUCGAAUUGGGAUGGCCUCAGUCAAGAUAAAAGAAAACCAUGAGUUCAAUGGAAAGAAACUCUUUCAGCACAUCUCAGAGUACCUGCCGAGCUAUGCGAGGCCUCGGUUCCUGAGAAUACAAGAUACCAUUGAGAUCACUGGGACUUUUAAACACCGGAAAGUGACCCUGAUGGAAGAGGGCUUUAAUCCCACAGUCAUCAAAGAUGCCUUGUAUUUCAUGGAUGACACAGCAAAAACCUAUGUGCCCAUGACUGAGGACAUUUAUAAUGCCAUAAGUGAUAAAACUCUAAAGCUCUGAAUAUUUCCAGGUGACUAUCUCAUAACAUUUCCAGAAAGAAACUCAAUAGAUUUAGCAUAGCCACUUGAUGUAAUCCAACUUUAAUUUGAUUGAAGAUUUAUAAGGUGCAAUUUUUUAAGGAAAUUAUUCAACUAAAAGAAGGACAGUUGUUGUUGUUUUUUUUUUUUAAAUUACACCUGAACCUUUGCAAGUAAAAAGAUUCAGAGAUAAUUAUUUUUCAAUGUGCGCUUGCCAUUUGUCCUUGCAAACGAAGCUUUUUGGAGAGAGGGCCUUAUUUUUUUAAAUACAUAAUAAACUAUAUUAACACUAA